GCAACGUUGUGCUCCGGAAAUCUACAAUAAAUUCCAUCUUGAGGAUAUGCCAUUGUCCGUUUUUCGGGCAGCUUUAAAAAAGCAGUACACUAACAAUGCACAUUUGACUGAUUUUCGCGUUAUCGAUCGAAAAAUCGCUGAAUGCCGUCAAGUAAUUUUGGCAUGCCAAAAGAAUUGGUAUAACUCGUAUCACCUGCGAAACGUUCUGUUCCGUGAAAAUAUUGAAGCGAAACCGAAAGAUUUCUUGUCGACUUUUCUUAGGAGCAAAAAUUAA